AUGAUUUCACUGCGAACCGUUGUCGCGCGACUCGCAAGAGCUCAGAGAAUGCUCGCAACGUCUUCGGCAAUUCCGACGACGUCUAGCCAUUCGUUGGAUUCGAGAAGGCGUCGGCAUUAUGCGACGAAUCCGCAGAGGCACGAAUUUCAGGCGGAAACGCGAAAUUUGAUGGAUAUUGUGGCGAAAUCGUUGUAUUCUCAUAGCGAGGUUUUUGUUAGAGAAUUGAUCUCGAAUGCUUCGGAUGCGCUGGAAAAGCGACGAUACGCCGAACUCAAAGGGGAUGUCGCUGAGGGGCCAAGCGAGAUUCGAAUUAUUACGGAUAAAGAGAAUCGCACAAUUAUUUUCGAGGACACUGGAAUUGGAAUGAAUCGCGAUGAUCUCGUCGGUUUCCUCGGAACGAUUGCCAAAUCGGGAUCGAUGGAUUUCAUCGAGAAGAACGCGGAGAACGCGGAAGCCGUCAUCGGACAAUUCGGCGUCGGUUUUUAUUCGGCGUUCAUGGUUGCCGAUCACGUUGUGGUGAAGACGCGAAAAGUUGGAAGUGAUCCGAACGCGGGUCUCGUUUGGACGUGUAAUGGCGAUAACUCGUAUGAGAUUGCUGAUGAAGGUGGAUUGCCAACGGGAACUCGAAUCGAGAUCAAACUGAAGGCUGGCGAUUCGGCGACGUACGCUGAAGAAGACAGGAUCAAAGAGGUCAUCAACAAGUACUCGUAUUUUGUCUCGGCGCCUAUCCUUGUGAACGGCGAGCGCGUCAAUAAUUUGAACGCGAUUUGGACGAUGCAAGCGCGUGAAGUCAACAAGGAAAUGCAUGAGACGUUCUUCAAACAAUUGGUCAAAAAUCAGGGCAAACAGGAUAUUUUCACACGACCGCAGUACACGAUUCAUUUUCAAACGGACACGCCGGUGUCGAUACGAUCGGUGAUCUACAUUCCGCAAUCGCAAUUCAAUCAGUUGAGCUUCAUCGCGCAACAGAAAAUGUGCGGAUUGUCGCUGUAUGCGCGACGGGUUUUGAUCAAACCGGACGCGCAAGAAUUGAUACCAAACUAUCUCCGAUUUGUAAUUGGUGUUGUCGAUUCGGAGGAUAUUCCGUUGAAUUUGAGCCGAGAAAUGCUUCAGAAUAAUCCGGUUUUGAGAAAGCUGAAAAAGAUCAUCACUGACAAGAUUUUGGGAAGUCUACAAGCGGAAAUGAAAAAAGAUCCCGUCAAAUAUUCGGAAUUCUAUCAGAAUUACUCGCUCUACUUCAAAGAAGGCGUUGUGACCGAGCAGGAUCAGACGAUAAAAGAGGACGUCGCGAAAUUGUUGCUGUUCGAGUCGUCGUCGAAAAAAGCUGGCGAAUUGACGAGCCUUGGCGAUUAUGUGAAGCGAAUGCAAGACGGGCAGAAGGAGAUCUACUAUAUGUACGCCAAUAACCGACAACUGGCCGAAUCGUCGCCGUAUUAUGAGGUGAUCAAAUCGCAGAACAAGGAGGUCCUUUUCCUCUAUGAUCCCGCCGAUGAGGUGGUGUUUUUGGGAUUGGGCCAAUUCGCGAUGAAGAAUUUGGUGCCUGUCGAGAAGUGGGCUCAAGAGGAGUCGGAGAAGCCGGAAGCGAAAGAGACGAAGGAAUUCCGCGACGUUGACAAAAAGGAGUUGCUCGAUUGGAUGAAAGAGACGCUGGGAAGUGUGCGGGUUGCCGAGAUCUCCGGAAAUCAUCGACCAAGCGAUCAUCCGUUGAUGGUUACUGUAUCGGAUAUGGGCGCGGCGAGGCACUUCCUUCGAACCGGCGAGAUUAAAGACAUGGAGCAUUUGGUGUACUUCAAGCCGCAUGUUCACGUCAAUUUGACGCAUUCGCUCAUCAAGAGUUUGUACAAAAUGCGGAAGAAUGAUGCGGAGACGGCGCGGAUUCUCGCCGAGCAAUUGUAUGAUAAUGCGCUCAUCACGGCGGGUCUCAUCAAAGACACGAGUCGAAUGGUGGCGAGAUUGAACAAGCUUCUGACGUCGUUGGUGGAAACGAAAGGCGCGUCGACGAUUUUGACGCCGUAA